UUUUUUCAGUUGGACACUCAUGACUCCACGUGAAGCCGCCUCUGCUUAGGUCACGACUCUCUCCUAGUGGUUCACUCGCACGUUAUCCAACCGUACUUCCCUUCGUCGCGCCCACUCAUCCAAAUCCACAACUCCGGCGCCCAACCGGUUAGCAUGAAUACCUUCACCACGACCUUCGCUUCACUGAUCUCUCCCCAUUCCAAGCGAUUCUCUCUCCGUAACCCUCCCUCCGACCUACGGAGAACACCGGUGACCCUUCGACCCGCGUCGAAUCACACAGCUCGGAGAAUCGUUUGCAUGGCGGAACCCUAUUUAAUAGCUAAGCUGGAAUCUGCUGAGAAAACUUGGAAAGAACUAUCGGUGAAGAUGGCUGAUCCAGAUGUAGUUUCAAAUCCCAGUGAAUACCAAAAGUUGGCCAAGUCUUUGUCAGAGCUUGAUGGGGUCGUAUCAUCAUUCAGGAAAUUCAAGGAUUGCGAGAAGCAAUUAGAAGAAGCAAAAGCUCUAGGGAAAGAGGAUGUUGAUGAUGAUAUGGCACAGAUGAUAGCUUCAGAGAUUGAAACCUUGUCAAAUAUACUCCAAAAGCUUGAGGAGGAGCUAAAGUUGAUGCUGCUUCCUAGUGAUCCUCUUGACUCAAGAAAUAUAAUGCUUGAAGUGAGGGCUGGUACUGGGGGUGACGAGGCUGGAAUUUGGGCUGCUGAUCUUGUACGAAUGUAUCAAAAGUACUGUGAGAGGAAUUCGUGGAAGUACACACCCCUUUCAUGCUCUGAGACUGAGAAAAAGGGUGGAUUCAAGACGUAUGUGAUGGAAGUCAAAGGCAAACGUGUCUAUAGUAAACUGAAACAUGAGUCUGGUGUCCAUCGGGUACAACGUGUUCCUCAGACAGAAACCCAGGGACGUAUUCAUACUUCCACAGCAACUGUGGCAAUCAUGCCAGAGGCUGAAGAAGUUGAAGUAGUAAUUGAUCCAAAAGAGAUAGAACUUACAACAGCUAGGUCUGGUGGUGCUGGAGGGCAGAAUGUCAACAAGGUGGAGACAGCCGUUGAUCUUUUCCAUAAACCAACUGGAAUCCGAAUCUUUUGCACUGAAGAGAGAUCUCAGUUCCAGAACAAGGCCCGUGCUCUUCAGUUGUUGCGAGCAAAAUUGUAUCAGAUUAAAGUAAGGGAGCAGCAAGAGUCGCUAAGGAAUCAGAGAAAAUCACAGGUUGGUACAGGUUCUCGCUCAGAGAAGAUUCGCACAUACAAUUACAAGGACAAUAGGGUUACUGACCACCGAUUGAAGAUGAACUUCGAGCUCACUUCAUUUCUUGCUGGUGAUAUGGAGACAGCGGUUCAGUCUUGCACCACUAUGGAACAAAAGGAAAUUCUGGAAGUACUUGCUGAAUCUGUAGCCACUCCAGCUAGCUGAUAUCUUAGAGCUCCUGGAUGAGUUAUUCUAGUUACAGGGCAAUAAGUGGAUAGUUGAGGCUUCGAUUCACUCACCUUCUAUUCAACUAACAACUGAAAUACAGAUGCCAUGGCGCGUCUUUGCGAUCUCCAGGGUAUGACUCAAGUGUUGGAUGUCACUACUGGGGUGUAAACCAUAUAAGAGUUUGGAAAGAUCGAACUUCACUUUUCUUUUGGGAUCAGCAAUGUUAUUCUACAUCAUUACAAGUAAAGUGCUGUAUAUGUCUUUCUUGAUUUUCCCCAUCAAAGAUUACUUCUAUUUGUUCAUCGUGUUAUACUUGUCAUAGAGUAAUCUCAUGAGAUUGGUCCUA